CUGUCCAUCGUCAUUGCAAGGAUUUGUGGUAAGAUUUGCGCAUAUUACCCGCCAGCUUCUAUUCUGUUAAGUAAGACACUACAAGAUGAUUUCAAGUUCUUCUCUUCGUCUUAUUAUGACAAACUGUCGGGGAAUUUCAAAACAUCCAAGGGCUCUCCUUUCGUUCAUGGGUAACGCCACCUUAACUCGCUUUCAAUCUCCUGCUCAAAGUGGCCAUUCACUGUGGUUACGUUUCGGGAGACCGUUGCACACUUCUGCCUUUAGAGAAGCGGAUAAACCUGCAGCAGAAAGUACAACGGAAAAAGAGAAAGGUGGAGAGAAUGUGCCGCUUAGGGACAGACUUAAGUCCGUUGUCGCAGAAUAUGGAACGACAGCUGUGGUGUUUCACGUAACUAUAUCUCUCACUUCCUUGGGGUUGUGUUACAUUGCUGUGAAAAGUGGAAUUGAUGUACAAGCUGCUCUUCAGUUCAUUGGAGUGAGCUCAUCAGUGGCUGAUUCAAGUGUUGCAACAGAGGCCAGUACUUUUGUGAUGGCAUAUGCUUUCCAUAAAGUUUUUGCUCCACUGAGGAUGUUUAUGACCAUCAGCUGCACACCGCUUAUUGUCAGAAAGCUACGCAAAAUGGGUUUUCUCAAGGAGCCAUUGAGGCAAUAAAGAUCAACAAUGCAUGCAUAGUAAAUAAGAAGCUGAGUGGUACAUGCAUUUUGACUGGUUCUUCCACAUGAUCUGUUGGAGGACAGACACUAUUUAUGAUGUAAAACAAAUAGAUUCUAUGUUGCAGUGGGUGUAUACCAGAGUAGAUCACUCUCAUCGGUGCCUUGUGUGGUACUUUUUUGUUGUUACCAUAUUUUGAAAUCAUCUGUGAUCUACUACUGAACAGACACAUGGAGUCUAUUUGUUAAUUGCUUGCAUGGAAGGUGUUUUGUGACUGGUUGUUAAAAAUGUUAACCAAAGGCUAUGGCUUCACUAAGUAAGAGAGAAUUUCUUUUGAUGACUUUUUUGUAAUGUUUUGUAAGUGAAGAAUAUUCCUCUAUGCAAUUGUAAAUAUAUUUGUCACAGGACAAUAAAAGAAAUACUCAGGA